UGGGGUCGAUGUGGUUUUUAGCGAUUUUGCAACUAAUUUCUCCUUCUGUCAUUUCAGGCUGUGGCUUCUGUAAAUGGAGCAGGAAAACAUUUUCCAGCAUUUCUGGAAAAAUCCAACCUUCUACCUGCCCUGCAUGUUAUAAAUGAACCUAUUAAGAUUCCCAUAGAUGUAAUUAUGAACAGCCUCGAUUUCCUGUCGCCCUGGUUGCGUCGGCCGUCCAGCCGCAACUUUCCAUAUUUCUUACUGGAGAAAUCUGAGCUGUGUCGACAACUUAUUCCUGAUGCUGAGUUGCGGAAAAUAGGAUGCCACGCAGCAACGGCGCUGAUUGUCGUCUGCAGCUCUGAUGACAGAGAAGUGAAAUCAGCAAUGAGGAUUAAGAAAACAUGGGGAAAAGAUGUUGCGGAGCCAAAAAACAGACAAAAAGACAGAAUGUGGAAAGGAAUGAACUUAAAGGAGCCUCUACAGUUAAAGAUCCAGACACACAAAGAUAAUCUUUUAACUUUCAAAGAGGAUUCUGCUUUGCAAAAAAGUCUUUGGGAACAACUUUCUUCAAAAGCCGCAUCUCGUAGGGAUGCAGAUAGAGUUUACUUUCAGGGACAACCCCUGCUGGCCCCCAAAAAGAACAAAGGAUCCAUAUAUAGGUCACAGUAUGCAAUAUGGCCAGCCGCGGAUAAUGAUAUUGAAUAUUUCAGGAAAAAGUUAAACACAAAAGAAGCCGAGCCGCACUCCCCGCAGGGAGGGAAGGAAGCGGAAAAUCCAAGCGCAAACAGAGAAAAAAAUGGAAACCAACAGAUUUUAGCAAGCAGGUUACAAAACCAGCAGACACAUCAAGCAAAUUAUGCAGAAACUGUGCCAUCUAAAACAGACAAAUCCAAAUGUAAAUGCCUCGUAGGGAUAGGUAGCUUGUUUAAAUUGUACCUAAUAGACACACUGGAGAUGACUGAUAUCAGAUUAGCUAAAAAAGUAUCAGAAGUUACUGUUGCUGUUAGAACCACCGAAGAGCCAAAAACAACAGCAGAGGAAUCAGUGACACCAACGCCGCCUUCAGUCAAAGAGAUCCAGACCGAAACUACAACAGCGAGGCCUCUGACCGAAGCAACCACGACGCAAAUGGAGAUCCAAGACACAACUGAAGUCUUCAGUCAAAGCAGCACAACUGACAUCCAGCCCAGCGGAGACCAGAGAUGGACUACGCUACCCGACACAGAACCUGAAACGGACUCUGAGCCAAGAUUCAAGAAACAUACAACGGCCAAUGCACGAGCUACGUCUAAUGUCCAGUUCUCUGGUCUCCGAAUGAGAGACAAUGGACAGGUAGUUGCAACGAAACAUGGAGAGGAUGCAGAGGACGAUGAGAAAGGUUCUGAGAACUGGGCUGGAGAGGACAGAAAACCAGGUUUGGUCCAUCAUGGAGGAGAAUCACAGACCUUUUCAAAAAGUUUAGAAGACAUCCGAAAGGAGGAUGGAGAAAAAGAUAUGAAGGCACCUGACGGCCCCGCCCCGCUCUGCAGAGGUCUGAUCGACCGCACCGACGCCGGGUGGGCACACUGCCUGGAGAGACGGGGCGGACCCCGGUCCAAUCCGCUCUCUGCAUGGGAAACUGCAGAUGUUACAAAGCUGCAGAAAGACCCAUCAGGGGGAAUUGGCCAAAACCCUCUCAUCGGCGACGAAGAGGAUCACUUCUAUUAUUUUGACGGAGUGCUGAAAAGGGUUCAGAAUAAUGUGCAGGUCUACCACAGAAGGCAAAGACGAAGAAGACGGAGCUUUAGAAGCAGAGGGGAAAUAGAACGACAUCGGGAGAAUCUCCAGAGCUACAUCCAGAGGCUUAUUAAGAGGAACCAAGUCGAUCACUUUACAUGAUUGUUGCACAAACCUUAAGACUUGAGGUUAAGAAAGGAAAUACUCAACUACUGUUUUCCUUCUGAAUGCGUUUCCUACAACAGCACCCCCUACAGGCCAGUUAAUGAAAUGCAAAAGUCAAGUCUGUUGAAAUGGCAUUUCCUCUUCAUUAAACUGAGCAAACAAGGAGAGACAAAACAAAACUGAGGCGGCAGACAUAUUUAAACAUGUUUAUCUCCGAUACGUGUCUAGAACAGAUGGAGGAUGGUGAUCGUGACACUAAAUAAGAGAUAGCAGCUUGUCCGCAUUAAAGAAAAAAAAAUUAUGUGCGUUUUCACUUAGAUGUCAUUAUUUAAGAUUAGCACAUGACAGGUCUUGUGUUGACCAAAAAUUAAACUACAUUAUUAAACUA